GAUCCCGACACACGCCAAAGAAAAUAUAGAGAAAGAAAGUGCGCAUGCGCAAAAGUGACUUGCAUAACGCGAACCAAAACGAGAGCAUCAAGUGAUCAGUGAUCGGUUAUAAUGAUCUUUGAGAAUGUAAAGUGAAUGAUUAAAGUGAUAAUAGAUAAAGUUUAACGCGAAACUAUUUCGGAUUUCGAAUAAUUCAGGAAUAUACUUAAUGAUAAUAUCAUCCAAAAUGGCUGCAUCCAUAUAUGCCACCCCACCGCCAGAUCUGAGCAGCGAGGACACUGCUCUCUCCGACGUCUCCAACUCAUCGACACUCAACACGAACAGGAACAACCACACCAGCAGCAGCAACAGCAACAAUCCACAUGAAGCCACAGGAGCAACACCCACAGCCACAACAGCCACAUCUAGAGCAGCAACAGGAGGUGGAGGUGGAGUGGAAGGCACUUCACCCACCGCACACUUGGUCAAGGCAAUGGAGCUGGAACUGGAGCCACAGCCAGCGGGAAGCGGCACAAAUGAGGCGGACCAAUUGGAGGAGUCAGAGGAGGGGCCCAAGGAUGCUGAGGAGGAGGCGGGGGAUGCCAACAUGGCCACCAUGGCGGCAGCCAUGCAGCUGCAGAUCCUGGAGGCCCUCAGUGAUGCGGCCAAAAAGCGUCGCAAACAGCACAAUCCCAGCCGUUUGGAGGCUCUCAAUUUGAGUGGAGAAUCCGGUGGUGAAGUGGGUCAAAAGAGAACUGACUCCUCCACCGUGGACUAUGAAGAGAAAUUGUCUAAGAUGUUCCUUCCAAAGUCCAUUGAACAGCUGAAGGAGACCUUCGAAAUGCUGCAGCAGCAGAAACAACAGGAGGAGCAACCAGAAACGGAAACGGAAGUGGAAACAGAUGCCAUGGCAAACAUAUCAGAACCCGCCAAGCAGCGCGAGAAUCCCUAUCACACAUACUGCAAGCAGUGCGGUGAAAGCUUCGAGACCGAGUUCAAGUUGAGCCUGCACAUGUUGCAGGAUCAUGGCGAGGAUAGGUCGGGUGAACAGGAUCCCGCUGACUUCUUGGCCUCCAUCAAGGUGAAACUGGAGCGUGCCGACAUUCCCAGUCCGCAGCAGGAACAGAAUCUGCAACAGGAUCUUACCAAUGGGCAUGGCAAGGACUUGGAGCGAGAGCAGGAGCACUGGUUCCAGGCCAUGCAGGCCCAGCAUCAUCCGCAUGGUCCGCAAAUGCCGCCUGCCUUUCCCUUUCCACCGGAGGCAGCCUUGGGUCCAGCUGGAUAUUUACCUCUACUUGGCAUGUCCGGAUUUCCGGGCGUAGAUGGCCUGAAUCGUCCUCCCUUGAGGAUCUUCAAUCCCGAGGCCUACUGCGAGCUGUGCAACAAGGAGUUCUGCAACAAGUACUUCCUCAAGACGCACAAGGCCAAUAAGCAUGGCAUCUUCGAUCCCGUCGGCGAAUCGAGUACCACCAACCCUUCCAGUCACCACAACAAUAACAACAACAAUAUCACCAGCAGUAACAAUAAUAACAGUGGUCACCCCAAUCCCAGUAUGAGUUCCAUGAGUCAAAUGUUCCAGUUGCAGAGGGAAGCCCAGGUGGCGAAGCAGGAUUCCACCCCAGUCGGUAGUUCAUCGAAUCCCGUGGCCUCGGUACAUUGUGACAUCUGUUCCAAGCGAUUCACCAAUAUCUUCGCCAUGCGUCGUCAUCGGGCCAAGCAGCAUGAUGCACAACCAGGUACCCAGGAUUCACCCAACUCUCAGACUCCCAUGCAAUCCCAAUCCCUUCGCGGUAGUCCCAAUGAAGCACCUCAACCGGCUAUCAAGCAGGAAAUGUCACAAGAAUCAGAGGUUAAGCCGUAUCAAUUACCCGAGGGUUUCCGCGAGGACUUCACCCUGGAGCAGGAGGAGCUGAGCUUUGUACCACCGCCCAGAAAGUUGCCCUCUCACCUCCAUCAGCAGGCUAAAGAUUCAAACUUCAACCCUGACAAACUGCGUCGUCUAGGCGUCCAGUUUCCCGACUUUUUCUGUGAACUGUGCUACCGGGAGUAUGCCAAUCGGUACUUCCUGCGUACCCACAAGUGGAAGCGUCAUGGUCUCUUUGUCCCACCCGAAGACGUGGCACCACAACCAGGCGGCAAAGAUGAAGCCCAGUUGGCCAGUGCCUGGCCCUUUAUGCCACUGAAUCUAAUGCUGGCCAAGGCAGCAGCUGCCACUAUGGAUCAGCAGGAUCAGGAACGUGACCCGGAAUUGGAUGCAGAGUCGGAACAGCCCAGCAAGAGGAUCAAAUUGGAGCAGGAACAGACACCGCCUGAGGGUUACGAUGAGGAUAAACUGAAUGGUUCGGUAGUGGGCCUGCAGAAUCUCCAGAAACUGCAGUCGAUGUUGCAGCAACUUAACGACAUCAAUGGCAAACGCCCGCUGCCCUGUCAUCUUUGUGGCCAGGAACAGGAGAAUCAGUAUGCCCUAAGAGCUCAUCUCAUGACCGAGCAUGCUGGCCAGAUGCAACUGCCCAUGCCCAUACCAAUUCCUCUGCCCGAUCAGCAGGCUCCACAUCCCAUGGCCAGUUUGUAUCAUGCACAAGGGAAUCCCCAAACUCCACCGGCACCAGGAGCCAGAUCCCCUUCAGGUGGUGAUCUCCGCUGUCAGCAGUGCGAUCGGGAUUUCGUCACAUCCCAGGAAUUUAAGCAACAUAUCGCCGAGGUGCACUUGGGCAGGAACGGCGGAUUAGGUGGAAGUCCCCUCCGCGACGGUUUCUUCACGCCCGAACGACCAGUGGCACCGUCAGCGGGCGGUCCUGGAGCACAAGUUGCUCCGCCAGGAAAUCGUCCGGCUUAUACCCUUACACCCACGAGCAGCUACUGCGAGAUCUGCAACAAGGAGCUGUGCAACAAGUAUUUCAUGAAGACGCACAUGCAACGGAUGCACGGCAUUGAGAUAGAGAAUGGCGCCCAAAUCGGUGGAGUGGUAUGCAACAUUUGCAACAAGGAGCUGUGCAGCAAGUACUUCUUGCGGGUGCACAAACACAACACCCAUGGCAUCAUCGAGGAGGGAUCCCCAUUGCCGCAGCCGAGGGGCCAGAAUGGAGUCAAGAUGGACGCAGCGGCCGCAGCAGCAGCGGCUGCAACCUCGCAGCCACCACCGCAGCAGGAUCAGGAACUCAAUGUCUCACCACCCACAGUGGAGGGCAGUGCCAGCAGUUCAUCCAGCGCCCCACACGAGGUAUGUCCCCUGUGCUCUCGCCAAUUCCGAAGCUUCAAGUGGCUGCGAUCCCAUCUGAUGAACGAACAUGGAACCGCCGGAGUGGAACGCCUCCGGGAAAUGGACACAACUCAAUCUUCGACACGCAGCAAGCCCAACAGUCCCACGCUCAAGAUUCCCAACGGCAGUGGCAGUAACCCAACUGCAGCGGGUGCAGGAGCUGGAAAUACCGCUCCAAAUCUCGCCCAGGCCCUGCAGAACCUCAAUGCCCAGCAUCUCUUUGGGCAAAUGCAACAGCAGCAGAUGCCCAAGAUGCCUCCACUUCCGCUACCCGGAAUGUUUGGUGAACAGGGAUCUAGGUUCAAGGAGUACCAGUGUUCACUGUGCCCCUUCACCACGCCCUACUACGCCUUCUUAUUCAUCCAUGAGCGUUCCCACGCGUUGCUCAACAAUGGAGGCGAAGGCAUGGAAUUGCCUAUGGAGACGCCACCACCACAACCCUCAAGGAAUUCGGGAAAAUCGCGCAGCAAAUCUAGCAAGGCGGUGGUACCACCUCCUGCCAUUAAAUCCGAAGAUCCGGAGACUCCAUUAGAGCCCACCAACCUCAGCACCUCAGCACCCAAGGCCGCGGCCCACUCACCAACAACUGGAGCUGGAUCUCCGCCCGUCUACUCCCCCAAGGCAACCAGCUCAACUUCACCGAAGAUUCAACGCCGUCGAUCCACCUCGAAACCUCCAACCACGCCCAAUGGACUGGGAAGCGGUAACGGCAAUGGAAACCAUCGAUCGGCGGCCACAUCACCCUUCGAGGGCUGUGGGGAGCUGGCCAACGGAAGUGGUAAGCCGGCCAGCUAUGCGCAACCGGAUCGGGCAGAGGAAGCAUAUCAGAUGCAGGCCUUCCACCUGCAGCCCGCCGAUGCUGACUCGGAAAUGCAGUUCGCUCCUGCCCUGGUCUACCUGCCCGUUAGGGUACGGGCCUCGGAGUCGGCCACGCUCAGCUUCCGGCUCACACCGGCCUAAAGGUGCCACAUGCAACAAGUAUAGUGUUGCCAGCGUAAGUUCAAGCCAUAGUAACCAAAGUAAUCCCAAAAAGUUAAGGGGAUUGGGACAUUUGGAUUCAUGAGUGUCCCAAUCCCAGAAACUCCCAAGCCCUCCCCCCACUAAAUAGUUAAGCAAACGAAGUUAGGAACAUGAAAAAGACAAAAUAGUGGAACUACAAAAGACUGAGUGCGCAUAUUAGUUGAGCUCAUAAUUAAAGUUAAAUAUACAAAAACCAAUAAAACAACAAUCGAUCAAUAUCUCUAAGCCCGUUAUCGGCCCCAAAAGCUAACCAUGUCCAACAUGGCACUGAUCAAAUCUAUAGCCUAUAACACAACAAGAACAAGUCCGUUUCAGCUGGCAACACUGUGCUAACCAUCAAAAUAGGAUAUAUACUAAAUAUAUAUAUAUUUUGAUAGUCGCAUGACAAAGCAUAACAUACCGCAACCUAUAACAUAUAUCUCUAGUGAUUAACUAUCAAAGUUCCUAUGCGUAAUAGUAAUUUAUCGUAAACGAGUUGCAAAAAAAUAAAAGACGAGGAGAAGGGAUGGCGAAGGAAUCUAAAUACGUACAUAGAUUAGGCGAAGGGAAGGCAGGCGAAAUGGAGUGGCAGACCCAUUGGAAGAAUACUAUAUAUACCAACUUAGAAGGCAUAUAUAUAUCGUAGUAGCAGCAGCAUAAAAUCAAAAUUACAAUUAUACAUUUCUCAUCUAGAUAUGGCGUGGGUUUGUCGUGCUUAGAAUAGGGCUGAAAGGUCUGAUCCCUGGGGGAUCAGCUCAGAUAUAGCAUAUAUAUUAUGCAAUAUAAUAACAUAAUGCUAUGGUAAAGCUUCAGCACAAAGAAAUUGCUCAAAAUCAAAAAUCCAAAUCUUUAUAGCGAAGACUAGACACUCUUAGGAUGUUCUGACAGAUGGCCCUGGCUAUCUCCACUUCCUUUGAUUAUCAUCCUCUAUAUAAAAACUCCUAUAUAUUAACCGUAUCUGAACCAAGUUAUAUCCAAGGAAAUGUCUUCACUAAAACAUAAUUCCAGCGCACAACGUGUAUAUAAAAAGUUGUUAAAGAUAACACCAUGAGAAGUUCAGAUUUUCGAUAGAGAGGGGUAAUAGGAGAUAGAAAGAGAGGUAACUAGCGCCACAAGGUUAAAAUUAAGAACAUUUAAACAACUCAGGGCAAAAGUACAAUGACCAUUAGUACUUUUUUAUACAAACAUAUUUAAAGAAACCAAAAAAAACCAAAAAAAACAAAACAAAACAAAACAUACGCAAGUAAAAUAUUACCAUAAUAAUAAAUUAAAUAUAUAUUAUGAAACGUUAAAAAAAGAUAACAAAUAUGCUACCUCAGACGGACUUGAAAACAAUAAUUUAAAUAAAAUGAAUUUAUAAAGAAAAAUCUACGAAACCAUUAAAUGCAGCAGAAGCAACCCCAAAGCUAAAUCAAAUUUUUUGUAGUAACUUUACCUCGAAAACAGAAUUACAUUUUAUACUUUAUUCGAAAUUCUAAUAUAUAUAUCCUAUGAUUUAGUUAACCAUUCUAAGUUUAAACAUUCCAAAGACCCAAAAACUAGUCCCAUAAACAAGAACCAAACCAAUCUAGUCAAAAAUAUAAGAUAAACAUAAUUUAAAAUAUUAAAACAAAAGCCAAAAACAGAACCAUUAACACUUCGGCUGUGGGUGGCUCUUUUCGCAGAUUAUUUUGUAGUGUUUAAGGAAUUUGUUCUUCGGCGAGAAGAGCUGCCCAAGACGAGUUGAUGAGUGCGGAUCGGCUUAGAAGUAUUUGCUAUAUUUGAAAUUUUCUUUUUUUAAAAACGUGUGUUUUUUAAAAUGCUGCGUGCCUUUUAGCAAAUACUUCGACCAGUCCGCAAUACCAAUAACUUGAACUUGAAAAUCGAAAUGAAACUACAAAUAUAGUUCUUAAUUUUAUUUUACAUUCCACUUAUUCCUUAGUUCUUAUAUCUUACUUUUAAUGUGUAUAUAUAUGUAUUGAAUAAAUGUCAUGCAAUUUGUAUUUGUUAAACUUGAGUUUCUUUUAUUAUUUUGAUGUUGAUUUCUGAUAACCCAAUUUACAAGCCACUGCAUGUUUUUGAACCCUGAUUGAAGUGUGCCAGACUCGAGUCAAAGGUCUUAAAAAAUCAGUGUCUUCAACUUAUCGACUGUGAAGUUGUAGCCGAUAGGGGAAGACCACUUCCUUUGUUUCGGUUUCUUUUUUUUUUGAAAAUUUUCCCAUAGGGGACCUUCAUUUUUUCGGGGUGUCAUAUGCUGGUCCAACGCCUUAGCUACUUCAAUUAUUAAAUUGCCAUUUGAUUCAAUUUGUCAACAAUAGCUUGAGAGCCUAUCUGCGACUUGUUUAAUCAUUUUAAAAAACUCCCAAGCAGCUGCCUUCCUUCCUCUUUUUUUCUUUCUACAAAUUUAACCAAAAACAGCACCCUCAUAAAAAAAAAUGAGAAACAUAAUAAGUGAAACUGUUUCCGGUUUUGGGUCAGGCCUUGACCAACCCCCUGAUUAGUAUGUUUGCAUUAAAAAAUACAUCUGUAUGAAUGGCUAUAUAAAAAACCCGAAACUACGAUAACAAAAACUCAGCAUGGUCAUGGGAGGGUCAAGUUGGAGGGUCAGGUCAGCAGCUGCAGUUGCUUGAAGUUUCUAAAAAAAAAACUGUUUCUAAGCCAGACCAAAAUCGAUAUUGCCAUGGCUAUUGAUUAGAUGCAGCCACCCUCUGCGAUCCGAAUCGUCCCGUUUUGGCAGUUAAUUAUUUGUCACGUGUCCAUGCAAAUUUCAUCUCAUUGAUUACGACUAUUCGAGAUAUUCGAUACUUUUUCGCCUGACGGCGCUGCAAUUAAAGAUUGACUCGAGCAACUACCCCCAGGUUGACCAGGGGAUGGUAGGCAAAUUUCAUAAAUAUUUUUCCGAGAUUUCCCCCAGCAUUUUCCUAUUGAAUUUUUAUGGCAAUUUUUGGGAAAAAUCCGCAGGCAGCUAUUUUUAAGGGCGCAUACAAAUGACCAAACGCAGGGCUACCCCAUGCGGAAUUUGCAUUGGCGUUUUAAGGGUGUUCCCCGCUAUUUGCAUGUUUAAAAGUGAACUGGAAAAAUUGCAAUUUAUAUAAAAAUAAAAAUAAAAAUGAAAAUGAAAAAGAAAAAUUGCAAUUGCCAAGGGUGAUUUGGCAGCAACCCCAUGCAAAUUCUUUAUUUCCUUUGGGCUCGGGUUCUUGGCAAUGUUCUACCAUUAUUUUAAUUUCCUUACAUUUUGGCAUGACUGCAACCCUCACACAGAAGAGCGCACAAAUCAAAAAUCACCAAAAAUAUGUUUUAUUAAAACUAAAGCUAAAUGAAUUUUACAACACAAAAUCCAAAAAAAAGAAAACUUGCAACGUACCUUGAGCAUAAAUCAAAAUUUUGUAUGACCUUCUCGGUGGGGUCAAGCUGCAAAAACAAAACACAAGAAAAUCAAAAAUACAAUUUUACUAGAGCUAAGCAAAACAAAAACAAAACAAAAAUGAUUACACUCUUAAUAAAUAUUUUAGUUGUAGGCUUAAGUCGAAGCAACAAAAUGCAUUGCAAAUUUAUUAAUUUAAUUGAUGUUGAAGUUGGAACAAGGAGAAGGAAAGUGACGAGAAAAGCAACACAAAGACGUGAGAGCGCAAAAUCAAAAGCCACGAGCAAAAAAUCAAAACAAAAUUAAAUUUAAAUUUAAUAUAAACAAACAAAUUAACAUUUAUUUAGCAAUUGGCAAUGUAUGAGAUAUAUACACUUAUAUAUCGAUAUAUAUAUAUAUAUAAAUUACAUAUACUUAAACAAUUUUACUUUGUUAUUAUGUAAAACUAUGUGUGAGAAAAAUCAAAAGAAACCAAGGCAAACUUGAACAAAAUAAUUUAUAAUAUGUGUAAAAUGUGAAAGAGCAAAGAAUCAAAAACGGUGGAAAACCAAACAUUUUUCAUUUCAUUGUAAGUGAGCAUUUAUCAAAAUUGUAUGUGUUUUAAAUUGAUUAUAUUAAAUAUAUAUACAAAUACAUAUAAAUAAAUCCAAAGACUCUAUGAUUUUGGGUGAGAGUUGGGCGGGUGCCUUCUUCGACUUUAUCGUGACUUCUUUUAGUUCGACUUCCCUG